UUUAUGAACAUAAAUAAAUUUGCAGGGCAAAAGAACUCGUCUCUAUUUGCUCCCAAACUCACCCGAGACCUGCAUACCCUUUCCCCCCGUCAUCAGCCAUGGCGACCGCAACGAGGCUGCUCCCGACGCUCCUCAGAACCCUAACCGGCACCCGCCACGCUGGCGCGGCGCGGGGCCUCGCCACGGAGAAGGCAGUCGGUGCUGCGGCCGUCGUUGGAAGCCACACCGCCAAAUGGAUGCAGGACACAAGCAAGAAAUCUCCAAUGGAACUUAUCAAUGAGGUGCCACCAAUCAAGGUUGAAGGGCGAAUUGCCGCAUGUGAAGGGGAUAAAAACCCUGCCCUUGGCCAUCCAAUUGAGUACAUCUGCCUUGAUCUGGAUGCACCUGCUGUGUGCAAAUACUGCGGCCUUCGCUAUGUUCAAGACCACCAUCACUAAGUAGAGAAGAUACCAUCCUUUACCACAGCAGAAUUUGGAGUUGCUGCAUGCUCAUUGGGUUCACAAUGUAUGCCAAUGUACUGUGUAUUGCGCUUGAUGGCAAAAUGUUGUCUGUGACUGUCAUCCUACUUUUUGUAACACAAUAAUGUUGCAUUAACUUCGAAUUGAUUUUC